AUGACUACUCUGAGCGACCUCCCAUCGGUGACGGGCACGUCCAGCCGGCACAUUAACGUGUUGCUGAUCAAUCCGAACAGCACAAAGGCAAUGACGGAAUCCUGUUUGCGCAGCGUGCAGGGCAGCCUCGCACCCAACGUGCACGUUUUUGGCUUUACCGGGCCAACGACGGGGCCGACGGCGGUCGAGGGUCGGGUGGACGCGGCCAUUUCGGCUGUAGACUGCUUCCGGGCGCUGCAGCCCCUUCUACGAGAGGAUGCGGCCGUACAAAUAGACGCCUUUCUGGUCGCCUGCUUCUCGGCCCACCCGCUGAUCGCCAUGCUGCGCGAGGAGUACGCCCAGCCUUGCAUCGGCAUCAUGGAAGCGGCCCUGUAUGCGGCUCGCAUGUGCGGUGACAAGCUGGGAAUCGUAACGACUAGCGAGCGCAGCAGCACCCUCCACGGCCGUUCCGUCGUGGCCGACUACGGUUUCCAGCCGCACGUGUCGGCCGGCGGCGAGACUGGCCACGUGUCCGUACUGGAGCUAGAAUCCAAGCCGCGCGACAUCGUCUACACCAGCAUCCAAGCGGCCGCCCGCCGCCUGGUUUACGACAAGGGCGCUGACUGCAUAUGCAUGGGCUGUGCUGGCAUGACGGAGAUGCGCCAAGCUUGCAUCGAUGCCGUUGGCCGCGACGUCGACGAGCCCGCUGGAGGUCACGGCCGCAGGGCCAUGGUCAUCGACGGCGUCACUAUGGGCGUCCACUUCCUUUCCGCGCUGGUUACCGAGGAUCUGGGCACGGCCAAGGGCGGUGCGUACCGCAGUUCGGCAGCUGGUAGAGCACGACGGGGACAGACGUACGUUUAG